UCCCAAGGACAGUGUUGUAUUCACCAUCCUGGUUUACUGCCCUGGCCACGGAGCGCAGAGCUGGGAUGGCAGCGGGCGGUGGAGCAGAAGGGAACAGGCUUUGUCCCCCGCCCAGCGCAGGGGCGGUGCGCUGGGCUCCCAACGCCACCGGCGCAGCCCUUGCUCCUCACCCGGCGUUCGCUGGUGCUGGGCAAAGCCGUCCCUUGGUGCUGCGGGGCGGCCGUGCCAUGCGGGGCCUGCUGCUCUGCGGGGGCUGGCUGCUGGCCGCCGGCUGCCUGGUGGGUGCCAGCGGCAGCUGCCGGCACCGGUGCUGCCCGGGCAGGAACAACGCGUGCUGGGUGCUCGGUGUCCGCCGGGCUCACUGCUACUGCGACUCGUACUGCCAGAGGACGGGCGACUGCUGCCAGGACUACCACAGCGUGUGCCGCCGCGCCGCUGUGGGCUGUGCGGUGGGGCCCUGGGGGCCGUGGAGCGGGUGCAGCUCCCCGUGCGGGGUGGGCAGCAAGGCCCGCAGCCGCCAGGUCACCGUCCCGCCGCGGCACGGAGGGGAGCCCUGUCCUGACCUCAAGCAGCGCCGCGGCUGCCUGGGCGAGCACCCGACCUGCGGCACAGCCAAAGCCAGGACUUCAGGGAUCCCUGGCGAAGAGCUGGGAUGCUGCUGCUGGAGGAGCCGUCCCGGUAGGGCCCCUGUGCCGAGAGCAGGCCUGGAGCCGCCGGCUGCACCCGAACAAGCAAGUGUGUGUAGAGUGCCGGGGGGACACGUCCCAACACCGUCCCCACUGCACCGGGCACGGGCUGCAGGGAGCCAGGACAUUUUGGGUGGCUGCCUCCGUGGCAGGGUGUCAGGGCUCGUGGGUGCAGGAGAGGCUGCAGGAGGGUUGUGUCUGCUCCCCACCAGCUCUCAUCUUCGUGUAGCCCCCCCAGGUGAGCUGAGCCGCUCCACUGCUGCUUGCUGGGGAGGCAGGGAAUGAAAUGAAAACAUGGUGUCUUUUGUAAUUUCACCCUUCUGCAGGCUUGCUGCUUGCCCUUGGAGCUGACUCCCUGUGCUCUCCAUGAAGUAUUUGGUUGAAGAGUGGGAAGAAACCCUGCUUAUAAAGAUUAAAAAUAAGGGAGUCGCUGAAGUGUGGUGACUAAUGGUGGAAGGACAUCACACUGGUGACAUGGGAGGACAAUGGGAUGAUGUCAGGCUCAGCUGCGACAUCAUGCUGUGCAACGAGAUGCUGUUGGCGAGCAGCUCGAGGAUGGAGAUCACAUCCUUCCUCUGUGUGUUUGGGCUGGUCCCACUGCAGGGAACUGCUGGGUGAGCCGUGAAGGGCGCUCGGCUGCGUGCUGUGGUUUGCAGAGACAAAUUAAACAGAGGUACCCAAAGUCUG